AACCUCUUUCGUUGAAAAAUUGUUGACAAAACUCAGACAAACGUUUUUAAUUCUUUUAAUUGAUAAUUUGCUGGAAUUCAACUUAAAAUCAUCUAAAAUAAGUUGCUGGAUAAGAAAAAAAUACGAUAAGAGAAAUGGCACAAGACGGAAAUAUAAAAGUUACAUUUGUGUCUCAAAAAAUUAAGAAAAUACGAUGGAUACCUGAAGACUAUGCAGAAGCUCAAUGUUUCUUUACCGGCAGCUGGGAUGACGAGGUUAACAACAUUAAAGUAUGGGUUCUAGAUUAUAUAAAUGACAACGAAGUGAAAUACCCUAAGUAUGUAUCCAAUUUCGUAGUUGAAGGAAAUGUUACUGAAAUUCAGUUCACGGGUAAAAAUGUAAUAGCAGUUUCAACGUCAGAUGGAAAAGUUAGACUUUUGCAAAUAAGUGAAUAUGAAAGAAAAACUCCAUUAAAAGAAGUCUUUAUAUGGAAUAACUUGCACAAAAUUGCUGGGCGAGCAUGUCCCUGUACAUCAUUAGCCACCAUGGAGGGUGAUAUAGCCACAGUGGGUGAAGAUGGCAAUGUGAACAUACUGAACAGUCGCAGAGGAGACAUCACCAGGACUAUAACAGAUGCUGAUAGCUGCUCCUUACAUUCAGUCUGCUUUAUUAAGCAUAAUGAGGUAAUCACUGGUAAUCUACGAGGUCACAUGAAGAUUUGGGACCUCCGAUCAUCAGACAACAAGCCAACACACUCAUUUCUAUUUGGUGGUGACCAGUUAGCAGCAACAUGCAUCAUCAAUCAUCCAACCCAACCAUAUUACAUCCUAGCGGGUAGUGAAUCAGGGGAAAUAGCUAUGUGGGAUUUACGAGUAAACACAUUCCCUUCUACAUUAAAAGCCCAUCCGUCCGGAGUAACGGAGAUGAAAUUCCAUCCAGAGAAUCCCAAUAAGCUCCUCACCAGUUCAUUAUCUGGAGAACUGUGGGAAUGGAAUAUGGAGGCUGUAAUGAAAAACACAAAGACUACAGAAAACUGGAUCGCUCUGCAAGAUAAAAAUACAACACAAACAAAUACACUAUUGGAAUCUUUCAAACCUUUAAAUUCUUUUGAUUGUAACAAAGGUAAUAUUUUAGUUGCUGGUGAAAAUGAAGCUAUACAUUUUAUUAAGAACUUUAAAUAUUAAGAUUAAACAUUUUAAUAACUUAUUUUUCGUGUCUUGUUUGUCUAAUGAAACUCAUUACCUCUUUUUUUCUUAGCUGUCAGUACCAUAUAAAUCCCAACAUUGAGGCUUGGAGCACAUACCUAUGUUAGGGAUGUGGCCAUAAUCAACCGCACUGGCUUUAUUUAGUAACUCUUUUAUUGUAAUUAAGUUAAAAUAAGUCAACCACUUUAAAGACCUCAGAAGACUUCAGAAAGAGUCAUUAUUAUGUGUAUUCGGAUCAUAGGGAUACGAGAUUAAAUUAAAAACAAUAUUAAAUAUGUAUAUUGUAUUUAAAAGUGGAAGUAUAUAUUCUUAUGAAGUAAUAUCAAAUAUACAAUAAUACACAAGUCAGUCUUUGCGUGUCUCGUCACCUCCUCAUAAAACAUACGAGACCACAACUACAAAGUAAUAUUUACAUAGAAAAUAAACAGAAAUUUUACUAAUACUUUAUCAGGGAAAUAUCAUUCAUAAGGCACCAAUUUACAACCGUAUUAAGUUACGCGUCCGGACGCACCGCACGCAUGGCCCGCAACGGAUUUUACAUAGUACUGCGUCCAUUAUUUGCGCCGCCCGCAU